AUGCAAUAUUCUGGGAAAUUUAGAGAAUUUAUACAGUGUGCAGUAUAUGGAGGUAGAAAUAUGUGUAGAGAUAAUACAAAACAACAUGUUACUAAAGAUUUAUAUGAUUAUGACGCAUGUUCAUUAUAUCCUAGCGCUAUACAUAGGUUAAAACUAGCAACUGGAAAACCUAUAGUAAUCCCACAAGAAUCAUGUAAUAAAACUAUAUUAAAUCACUUAAUGUUAGAACAACAAUUAGAACCAACAUAUGAACGUUAUAUAUCAGCAUUUAUUGUAAAAAUAGAAAUAACCAAGGUUAACAAACAUUUACACUUCCCAAUUAUAACUAAGAAAGAUAAAAAAGUAAUAAUAAUAGUAGAUAAUAUUAUGCUUGAAGAUAUGAUUAAAUUUCAACAAAUAGAGUUUAAUAUUAUUAGAGGAUAUUAUUGGACUGGUUGUAAAUCUAAUAUAAUCAAUUUAAGAUCUCAACUUAAAAAAGAAGGUAAUCCGUUACAAAACAAUUAUAAAUUAUUGAUGAAUAGUUCAUAUGGAAAAACAAUUCAAAAACCAAUUAAAAAUGACUUGGUUUACAAAUAUAUUAAUAAUAAAGUAAAAUGUGAUUCAGAUAGGUAUCUUAAAAAGAACUUUACAUUAGUUAGAUCCAUGUAUGACAUAUCAGAUAAUAUUAGAUUUAUGUGUUUAGCAGAAGAUUUAAAUAUAGAUAUAUAUUAUCAAGAUACUGAUUCAGUGCAUAUAAACAAAAAUAAGAUAGAACUAUUAGAACAAAAAUAUAAAGAAAUAUAUGGUAAAACAUUAAGAGGAGGUGAAUUAGAACAAUUCCAUCCAGAUUCUGAUGAAUUAUCUGAGGAUGUAUAUUCAAAAGAAUCUUACUUCUUAGGUAAGAAAGCUUAUAUAGAUGUAUUAACAAACGAUAAACAAGAACAUGAUUUACAUAUGAGAAUGAAAGGUAUUCCAAACAAUUUAUUGGAAAAUAACAAAAAUUCAAUUGAAUUAUAUAAGAAACUCUACGCGGGAGAAUCUUAUACAUUUAACUUACUAGAAUUAAAACCUAGUUUCGAAUUUAGUAAGACAUUUGAUAUUAAAACAAGAGAGAACUUUACUAGAAAAAUUCAAUUCUAA